UGUAAUCGCAGAUUCAGUCGCCGGCAGCAGCAGAGUCACUUCGACUGCUACUCACCGAGCCGCUACGCCCACGCACGCGCUUGGUACCUGCCCGUCAUCUCCCCAUUGCUGGCACGCAUGAAUCGAACGCUCAGUCGGUCCAACUCGUCGCCGUCAGUCAACUACCUGCAGCGCAAAUCCUCGGUGACGACGACGCCGACGGCCAAAGCCACCAGCGCCGGCCUCGCCAACUUCGCCAAGCUCACGUGCUCGAUGAGCUACAAGAACCGAACGUCCAUGUUCGUCGAAGGCUCGGGGCGCGACAGCGUGAGCCAAGUCGAGCUGCGCCCGACCGAGGACAAGUACAUGCGCAUGAGCACGGCUAGUACUUAUUGCAGUAGCCGCGACAGCAACGCAAGCAGCCUCAGCACCAUGGUGUCGACGCGCAUGACAUCCGAGAAGGUAGUCGCGCGCCCGUCCGUCGCGCUGCCCAUCUCGACGAUUGCUGAGAACCCGGACGCAACCGACGCUGAGAUCAAGAAGAUGCAGACCAAGCGCGCGCUUCGUCGCAUGUGCCUCGAGAUGAACCUCGCCGAGGCCGACGAAGACUCGGACGCCAAGGUCACGUCGGACGACGACGAUGUGGACAGCGACGACGAGCUCGCCAAGAAGCUGCUCCAGCUCCAGCGCAUUGACGACAGCGACGACGACGAUGACGACGAUAUGAUGCUCUCGGCGCCGGCGUACAAGAAGAAGACGAAGGAGUUCCAGCCCAGUGACACGGUCACCAUUUCAAAAGCCGAGCUCCGCCAAUUCCAGACGCGACUGAAGCAGCUGGAGGAGCUCUGCGCCGACCAAGCCGAGAAGCAGGCCGCGCUCGAGACGAACAUUGAACGCGAGGUGCGCGCGCGGACGCGCCACCUGGAGGCGCAGGUGCAGGAGAAGAUCGAGGAGCUCACGAUGAUGCGCGAGCUGGACAUGGACAAGGAGAUCGAGCGCCGGUUCACCGACUUUUCGCUUGCGACCGGACUCUCCAAGGAAUCGGACCGCAAGACCAAAUCCAAGUCGAAGAAAUCCUUCUUCCACCGGCCGUCGACGCUUGCCGCGUCGGGCAACUCGGAGCUCGAGCAGUUCCGUGAGUUCCUCAUGAACAACUCCAAGCGCAUGAGCGAGCGGCUCCGCGAGACGGCACAGUUCAACGGCGACCUACCGGCCCACAACGCCGAUGCGUACUACGAGGCGUCGCAGAAUGAGCUCAUCGAGAUGCUCGAGAAGCUGCGCACGGUCGCGUAUGACCAGGACGAGCAGCUCGAGCAGGCCAAGUACCUCAUCAGCGUAGCGAUUGCCAAGAUUGAAGCGGCGGACGAAGUCGUCAACGAAGCCUUCGAAGAGCUCGGGAAGAUGGACUCGCGCCUCGACCGCGCGAGCCAGGAAGUCCAGGAGCUGCGUCGGUCCACGAUGAACCUCUCGAUGCUCUCGUCGAGCUCGGCAGGGUCGCGGACGCCGUCGAUACACUACCAACCACCGCCGCAGCCGCACUACGCAAUGGCGUCCGGCGCGCCCCGGCGAUAGACGUGGUAUUUCUCUUUAACUUAUAAAAGCAAGAUUGUGAGUGCGCA